GAGCAGGAAGCACAGGAUGGUGGUCAGAACAAAUUGGUGGAUGAGGAACAGCGAAAGGAAAGUAGACUGACCUUGGAGCAAUGGCUGAACAAAAGCAUGAGGAUCAAGAUGACAGAUGGCAGGACCCUUGUCGGUGUUUUCCUGUGCACAGACUGUGAUUGCAACAUCAUAAUGGGCUCUUGUGAGGAAUAUUUGAAGCCUCCAGAUUGUUUACCAAAGGAAGACCCUCGCAUUUUGGGCCUUGCGAUGAUUCCGGGAAAGCAUGUCAUAUCCAUUGAAAUAGACGAAACUGCCAGUCAAGAAGAAGGCAAUGUUGGUCAAUUAGUUCAGCAGUAUUAGUGCUGAGAAAUAUAAAUAUAAGGCGACAUUGGCUUGGCUGUACCAGGUGGAGUAACAGUGGAGGAGAAUUUGUUACUUUUGUUUGGCUGUAACAACUUCUGGCUGAUGGAGGUGUUGUGGUUCAAAUGUGGUGAUGAGAAAAGUUGGUAUUUAAUAUUGAGACUCAGUGAUGGAUGAUAAAUGAUUAGCAUCUUGUUGGUGACCAUGUCACAUGGUACCAGGUGUGAAUGAAAGUGAUUUUUGUUACAUGUAAAAUAACAUGCAGUUUGCAAGAAUAUGUUGUGAUGUGUUGGAAUAAGUGUUUUGUUGUGACGGUUAGAAAGCUAGGGAAAGGUGUGAGGAGCUGUUUGGAGUUGCAAGGUCCUGGUCAGUCAGGUUUGCUCACCUAUCAUGGUUCUGUACUUGUGAUUCUUUACUGCUUCUCUUACUCCUCGCUUUAAUGUCGGAAUGCUGGGGUGGUGUUUGAAUGCUUUGUGUGUCCAUGUCACAUUUUAUUGCUAAAAUGUGUGGGUGGCUUUCUGCUUUAUGCAGAGGAGAGAUGCACAGAGUUAUGUCCAGUAGAGAAUGUGAAAUUUGGAGAGCAAAAAAGUGGUUUUUGUGAAGCAAAAAUGAGGAAUGACGUUUUCUUCAUGUUGUGCUUGUGAGAAAAAAAUGGUCUUAAUGAGGAGAGAUAACAAUUAACAAGUGAUUUUAAAAUUGAAUGAGCAUUUUUGGGAAAGUAACUGGAGGCCUGUGAAGGGUGUAACAUUUUGUAAUGUAAAUGGAACAGGUGCAUUGAGUUCUGGUGAAGUGACAUUUGAAAAGCUACAGAGACAAAACUGUUACAUUUGAAUCCAAAAUUGGAAUGUGAAUGUGAUGAGUCGAAUUCAUACUUCGGAGUAAAAGUAAAAAUUGACCUUUUGUUUAGCAGAAGUGACGUGUGAGUGUGACCGUGAAAGUGACCGUGUUAAUGCCUGUGUGAGUAUGUCAGAAUUGAAAUCAGUUGCUUAUUGCUAUUCAAAUUCGAAUUGGAAGCUGUGUAUGUUUUCUCUGCAUGCUGGACUUUCAUUGUUCCAAAUGUAUAAAUAUGUGUAGAUGUGUGUGUUUGUAAGGCUUCCAAUGUUUUUAUCUUUUAUUGUCUGAAGUUCUAUCAGAAUUUCAAAAGUUUUCAGAAUAUUUGCAUUGAAGAUGAACCUCGUCAGAUAUCAUUUGGUACAAGUAUUGCAUGAAGAAUUACCUGAAGUUGUGGAAAAUCCAUUUAAAUACAUGUUCAUCUUUGAUUCAUUAAAAGCUGAUUUCAGUUUGA